AAAAAGGGAUAUCAUGACUUCUGAAAGAUUUUCCUCACUGAUCAGAUUGCUGAUACUGAUGCUUGUAGUAAUGCAUCUAUCCCAUGGAAAUGCAAUAAGGCCUAGAAAAACCAAGGAGGGACCCUUGGAGAGAAUUAGUGACAACUGUCCAACCCUGGAGGACUCUAAAUUCCCUGAGAGUGUGAAGGUUCACAUAGGCAUCACUCACAAAGAGCUAGGCCAUGAGAGGCCUCAUGAUGUCAGCAACAGAUCUCUGUCUCCUUGGGAUUACAGAAUUAACGAGGAUCCUGACAGGUUUCCCCAUGUGAUCACUGAAGCCACCUGCCGUCUUAGUGCCUGCCUGGACUCCACAGGGCGGAGUCAGAACUAUGGCCUGAAUUCUGUUCCCAUUCAGCGGGAGAUCUUAGUCCUCAAGCGUAAGCAGAUGGGAUGCCAGCACACCUAUUGGCUGGAGAAACAGGUGGUUACUGUUGCUUGCACAUGUGCCAUUCCGACCGUCAGUGCCUUUCCCAAGUAG